AUGUCGAUCAGACCGGCAAAUAUGAUGGAUUAUGAUCUUCCAGAAACGUCCUUUGAAGAUAUUGAUGCAACGUUUAGUAGAGAUGUCCCAACAUCAAGUGUACGGAAUACUUUAGAUAUGCAACAAAGCAUGCCGGUAGAAGAUAGAAAGGUGUUGCAAGAGAUAGUACAGCCCACGCCAUCAUCUAUAACAACAUCCGAUACUGGAACCAUAUUCUCAGGAAGCAGGAAACAGAGUUGGCUCAAUAAUCUAGCAUCUGAUGAAGACAAAAGUGAUGGGUUUGAAGAUGGUGAAGAGUUCUUGAGCGAUUUCCAGGAAUUUCAGAACAGAAAGGAUGACUUUGAUGAGGCCAUUAAAUCUCAUUUCAACCUACAGAAGAGAAGCUGUCGGGGAGACUACGAUUUGGCUACAGAUUUUGAAAGAAAGGUUAAUAUCAAUCCAAACAGUCAGAGAAGAUCACUACGACAGCCAAGAUCAAUGAUGGACAUGCAUCCACUAAGAUCUGAAAACUCGUUCAAUCCUCAUAGACUUCAAAAUAGUAUAUCAACAAACAAUCUACACCGUCCUAAUAGACUAGGGUCUUUACAUUUUAAGAAAUCAAUGCCAUCUCUUUCGUCUUAUAAUCCUGUAAUAGAAGAAGAACCAAGGUAUUGGAAAAAGUCUUGGGAUAUAGAAGAAGCUGAAGAAGAUGACGACUAUUUCGAUGAGGACUUCGAUGAAGAUGGACAAGAGACAUUUGAUCUUGAUGAAAAGACUCUAAAAAAUAGAGUGCAGUCAAAUAUACCUACUAGUAAAACACCAUUUAAAAUAUCUCCGACUCAAUUUGAUAUAAUCCAACAAGAUGAUCUACUAACUCCACGCUUGCACAAGAAACAGAAAGAGCUGAGGUAUAAACAUAAUCUAGAAGCGUUUAAAGAAACUAGCAAAGCUAGAAGGCGACGUCAUACUGCCAAGUCGAAAAUACAAACUAUCAAACAACAAAUUGACCACAACACACCAAUGAAAAGUGGCCUUAUGUAUUAUAAUCCAAAAAAAAUGGCAUGGGAAGGAAAUGAAAGAGUACUGGAUAAAUUUCAGGAUAUUAUAUCUAUUGACAAGCGUCCAUUAUUGAUCAGGAAUAAAAGUAAUAUUUCACCUAAUGAAACUUUAACAUACACUGGAAGUGACAACAACAACGUCCAAGAUAAUGGUUCCAACAGUACGUUCUCUUCAACCACAAAUCCGCGAGUCGUAGGCAAAAUGAUGUUCGAUGAAAGAAAUCUAAGGUGGGUGAGUGUCAAUAACGAUGAAAUUGAUCCAUUUGCAGAGAUAGAAGAAAAUAUUCCUGAACCUAUACUAGGUAAACCAAAACGGUCUUCACCAUUUCUUCGAUCAAGAAGUCAACUAAUAUCAUCUAAUAACCCAGAAGUGUCAUUCACCGAAAGUGACGUCCCAGGAAAUGAUAAGUUUGCAAUUGGCGUCAAGAAGAGGGAUAGGUAUGCAUCCACAUCUGCAGCCAUAAGCAAACGUGCAGGCGAUAGAGCCGAUAUGGAGAGAGUCUAUCGCCUUUCUUCAAAAGAACUGGAGAGAUUAUAUCAUGAAGAAAACCGUUGGCAACGCAAAGUCGGUGGAUGGUUUGUGCUAGGAGAUGGCGACCAACAAGAUCGAACAAUGGCACAGUAUGACCCCUCAGAUAAGGGCAACAACUUUAUGUAUGAAAUAAGAAAGAUGGUAAUCAACUCUACGAAAAAUUGA